UCACUGUUAACUUAACAGUCCACAAAUUGUUGUUUUUCGCCAAAAAUUCAGGUUUACACGCACUUUAUUUACGCAGCUGUUGUUUUUAGUGGCUCUUGGCAAACACAAGAAUUGUUGUUGGUGGCUUUUGACCCAGUUCUAAAUGUGAAGGCUUGAAAAGAAAGCCAGCUUAACAGCCAAAACAAACGCAAAGUGGUUGUAGAGUGUUGGUGUUACCUGUGCUGGUGUUGGUUAACGUAGACAACGAAUUGUCUUGUCUGUGUGUGCCAUUGGCAUCGAAAAUUUUGCAUAUACACAUACAACACAAGCAAACACGCACACAUGUAGAAAAUACAAAACAAAAUUGAUCGACUCACAGUUGUGUACGGUGGUGUAGGAAAUUGGAAAGUGCACAAAAAAUUGCAGAGUACAUAACGGUAUUACAUACACAACUCUGCAUGUAUGUGUGCGUGCGGCGGAGUAGGAGUCUCAUUAGUCCAAGCGAACGAAGACGCUGGUUGGAGCUGUAGGAGCUUGGAGCUGAAGCUAUGACGACGCGUGACAAUGUCGUUACAAGUCGCUUGUCCAAAUUGAUGCUCAACAAUGCCACGAGCAUCAGCAGCAACACCACCACCACCACCAACAACAGCCAGACGCCUGCCUCCAUGGUGCAAUCACCAACGUCGCCUGGCGAGUUAUCCGAGUUGAAUCAAUUAAAGCGCGAUGCUGAUCCGCAGUUUUCGCGCUUUGCCGACUAUUUUGUGAUAUGUGGACUGGAUCUGGACACGGGCCUAGAGCCAGAUCGCUUUGCAGGGGACAAUCUGCAUUGCUCCCCCCUGGAUAGGGCAUACAAGAGCAAACCCCUGGCCCACUAUCCCGAACAUGUUGCCUGGAAUCCCUUUGAUGCGCACGGGAUCUGCAUGCUCUCGUUGCCUCAGGGCCUGCGUUUUCGUACCCAAAAACACAACAUUGAGCCGAGAUUCCAUUCGUUUGCGACCACAAGAGAGGAUGGCAAACGAUGCUAUGGCUUCAGCUUGGUCUUCUACGAGGAGAUACGAAAUCGGAAUAUCUGUGGAGCCAUUCACACGCUGCAAUCCAUGUUCAUUACGGAGCUAUCGAAUGGCCAGCAGACGCAUUCGCUGAGUCGCGUCAAACAGGAUGGGCCUGUGAGUCGCUCCCUGCCGCGGCACUUUAAGGUGGCGGGACAGGCACCGCAGUCCGCACAAAGCUACUACGACAUCAACAAGGACAAGUUGUAUGUGGCCAAGAGCAUUUCGCUCAUUUGUCAGGCUCCUUAUGCCUUUGCAGCGCAGAUAUUUCUCAAGAAUCUGUACAGAUGUCUUCCACGUCAGCCUGGUGCUGGCAUCAGUCUCGAGUCCUAUGUCUAUAACAUUCUCUAUGAAGUGAUGCUACCUCAGCCGGGCAAGUCGAUACGCGUUUAUUUGCCACCCACAGAGCCGCAUUUGUCGGCCAUUGCAUUGAUCCUGCAGCGUCCGUUGCUGGCCACGGAACUGCCGCUCCUCGACUUUCCUCUGCGUCUGCUCUUCAAGUAUCUGGGCGUGGAGUGUGUUAUACAGCUGCUGACGUGUGUGCUGCUGGAGAACCAAGUGCUGCUGCGUUCCACAGACUACCAAAGACUCAUGAUUGUGGGCGAGUGCAUAACAUCGCUGCUCUUUCCAUUUGUAUGGCCGCAUGUUUAUGCACCCAUUCUGCCCGCUGCACUGCAUCAUUUCCUGGAUGCUCCGGUGCCGUUUGUGAUGGGUUUGCAUGCCGGUUGCGAGGCGGCGCAUAAGAUUGGCAGCGAGGCGGCUCUGUGCUUUGUGGACAUUGACAAGAAGCACAUCCAGCUGCCGGAGGAGUUACCUGUGUUCCCCCACAAGCAGGACUUCAUGGCGGAGAUCAGCUCGGUGCUGGACAAAUUCGAAAUUGAGCGAGAUCGCGACCAGGAGCCAAGUCUUAGGAAUGGCUAUGCGGUGCGUGGCGGCAGCGGAGUGGGAGGAGCAGGUGGCAUCGAUGCCAUGAUCUCGAGCUGUACGCUGCCCACGGGCCUGCAGGCGGCACGACGCAGCAAGGAGCGCUUCCAGCAGCUGCAGGAAACGGUCUACACGCUGUCCGGCCCUGGACAAUCACCGGGCGGCGGACCCGUGGACUAUCAACCGCUGACGGCGCAUCCCUCGAAGAUCGAUCAUGUGCCGCGAAUUGCUGACUUUCUGCGCCGCAAGGGCGGGAUAAGAGGCUCUCAGGGAGGUUCACCGGUGGGCAGUCCCACUGUCUCGCUCUCCUCCUCCCCCGUGGGUGUCUAUCAGGAUGUGGAUGCAGUGGAUGCCACCAUGCCCAUGCCCAGACGCACCGAAAAACCGAAACUCUCGGUCGUGGAGCAAUACUACCAGGAUCUGCGCAUCAAUAACUCUGUGCGGGAGGUCUUUCUCAAUCGCUUUGUGCACAUGUUUCAUGCGUACGAAUAUUUCGUCAUCUAUCCGAAUCAGGUCAAGGACGAGUGGCUGUCGAAUCGCGAAACGUUGCAGAACUUUGACAAGUCCUCGUUCCUCUCGGAUCAGCCGGAACACCAUCGUGCGUUUUUGUCACGCUUCCUUGAAUCUCAGAUGUUUGCCACGCUGAUUGACAACAAAAUAUUGUCCAUGUGGGAAUCGCUGCCGGAUGAGCAGCUCCAACUGUUUGAUCAUCGUGUAAAGCUCUUGAGACGCCGCCAUGGUGAGAACAUGAUUUGCGCUACCAGCUAUGAGCCUUGUGUGCUCAGCCAGGAAUCACAGCAGGGCUUCGAGAAGCGUCUCAAUUGCAUUGACAUCGAGGUGACGCCACCCAGCGAGAUUCUGUCCAAUCGUGCGGCAUAUUUCCGCAGCUUUCCGCUGCUGGAGAAGGGCGUGCUGAAUCAGGAGUGCGCCUCGAGAGGCAACAGCUUGCGGCGGGUUAAGAAUGGGAAUAAGUGGAGGGCCAGGGAGAUCUCGUUGGACCAGAAGCCCUCCAGCAACAAUGCCAUCAAUCGUUUGUCUGCCAAUCUAACCACAGCGGAUGUGAGUCCAGCAUUGAUUGCCCAAGCAAACUGGACAUUUGUGGAGCGUCUUUUAAAGGACAUCAAAUCGAAGACCAAACGCAUGCUGCUGGAGAAAAUGGGCAAUGAGGCGGUGGCUUUGGGCCUCAAGGGCGAUGGCAUCGAGGAGAAUACUCUGAUAGCCAGCAUGUGCGAUCUGCUGGAGAAGAUCUGGUCGCAUGGACUGCAGAAUAAGCAAGGAAAGUCCGCACUGUGGGCGCAUUUGCAGGCCUACAUUGAAAUGCAAGAGGCACGCAUUGGCGGCGACAGUUCAGGCGUGGAGCAGACGCCGCCAGUGUCCAGCAGUCCAAGCAAUAAGAUGGCCAUAGCCACAGCAUCGCCAGCACUGGCAUGGAAUGCAAUGCGCAAGCGAAUGGAUUAUCUUUCUACAUUCCAAACGGACUUUGAUGGUCCGCCCAGCCCCAAUCGCAGUCGUUCGCGUGAUCGCAAUAAAUUUGUGGGCCUGGAGCAGCUGUGUCCGCUGCCAGAAUCUCUAGAGUUCGAUGUGAAAAACGUGCUGGCCAUGGCUGAUAUUAAGACGCACAUUGGCUACACCCGUGCCUGGGUGCGUCUCUCGCUGGAGAAGAAGCUGCUGUCGAGACACUUUCGCACGCUGCUCUCGGAUGAGAGCCUGCUGAGGUCGCUGUACAAACGCUCGGCCUUUCUGCGCUGCGAGGAGGAGAAGGAGCAGUUCUUGUACCAUCUGCUGACCCUCAAUACCGUGGAUUACUUCAGCUUUACCAACAUCUAUCCCACAACGAAGCUGCCCUAUCGCGUUGUCAUCUUCCCCUCCCGCAAGUAUGGCUCCUAUCACACCUCCAGCAAUGUUUGGAUCAUGGUCUCGGGCACCAUGAAUGAGACACAGCGUGUGCCAGUGCCCAAGGGCUCACUGGAGUUUAUAUUUCAUUACAAGAACCUUGGCCUCCUGACAACCAUGCGCAUUGGUCACGACAAUUCGGGGCCCAGCCACAAGUGGCUCGUUGAGCAGGUGGUGAUGCGUAAUGAGGUCACCGGACACACCUACAAAUUCCCCUGUGGCCGAUGGCUGGGCCGUGGCGUGGAUGAUGACUCCACAGAGCGUUUGCUGGUGGGCCAGCGCAUCUCGACGAGUGUGAAGAACGCCGAGCUAGUGCCGGACACACGCACGCCGCCACGCACACGCAGUCCCAGCGUGCAGCGACAGGAAUCGCUGGCACCAUCCGAGAUCCAGCAUCAGUUGGGCAAUUGCGUGAAUGUUAUUGUCAAGUGGCACUACAAGCCCAGCAGGGACCGGGAUGUGGGCACUCUAACGAAUCUCCUGUGCGGCGAUGAUGGCCUGGUCAAAUGCCUGGAGCAGGUUUUCCUUUGUGGCUUUCGUUCUGCGCGCUUCUUUGGCAGAAAUCUUUACAUCUGGGACUAUUUUACCAAAGUCAAGGAACUGUUUGAGCAGAAUCUACAGCUGGAGCUGGAGGACUCUGCCUCCAGCAUGGACUCCUCCUUUAGCAACAGCAGCGGCGGUGGCAAUAGUCUACAGCGUCGUGAAAUCUCCAGCAUCUGGCGCUUGUAUGUGCAGCUAAUGGACGAGAUCAACGGCACGGCGCUGGGCAAAGAUGGCAAGUUCCAGCUGCUGAUGUGCCUGAGCCUGCGAGAACAUCUGCUGACGCGCCUCAUCAAGCCGAUGGCCCUUACCAAAGUCACCCAGGAGAUGUACGACGAGGAGAGUUUCCUGCGACGGCGAAAUCUUCUCACCUUUCUCAUUCAGAUACUGGAGCCGCUUGACGACUGCCACAUUGUGCUGGAGAACUCCAUUACCCAGGGCAUACGCAUUCCAUCCCAAUGCUGAUCCGAUCCGAUCAGAUCAGACCCGAACCAAUACUCACUUUAACCCACGGACAUUUCUUGCAACCAGUGACCUAGAGAAUACUCAUAUACAUAUGCUCUUAAGGAAUCUCGGAAAUACUCGAAUUCGUUGUUAGGUUUAUCUAAGGAAACUUUGCCCAUUAUAUACUCAUCCCUUUACACAUCCUUGCCAUUCAACUCCACUUAUGCUUGCCAACAAAUAACAAGUCAAACAUUGAGAGAAAACCAAAAGAAAGGAACGAGAAACGGGACGAAACCAUGAAAAUUUAAGCCAAAGUCGAAAGAAAUUCCUUAUCGAAUUUUUAAGAACAUUUACUGUGCAAUUAAGACGUUUACCACUAACAAAUUCUAAAAUGUUGUUCAAAAAUCUACAUAUUAUACAUAUGUAUGUAUAUCGAUCUAUAUAUGAAGCGCAUGUAAUUGUGUGCGUAUGUGUGUAGCUACUAAAUAAGAUAUUCUUGGUCAAUUUUGCUAUGUUUUAUGCUCGUGUUUUUUGUGUGCGAAAAAGUGAAAUUUCAACGGUAGCUUUUGAUUUAGUUUUUCUUUUACCAAAGAACUUUUGUUUUUUUAUACAUCAUAUAUUAUAUUUUUUAAACAAGUGCAAAAAAGAUAUACCCAAAGGUGUUUUUAGUUUGUAUUCAUUCUAGCUUUGUGUUUACCACAUUAUUUAGCCAAAAAAUUUUUGAAUUUAUUACCCUAAGACACUGAAAGUCAAUAAAUAUGCAAAAGACAGCAAUU